UAAGCCACUAACUAAUAGAAAUAGUUGCUCAGGAAACUUAGCCUUGUUGAAAUAAGAACAAAUAUGUCCGGAACUGCAAAUUCUCAAGCUGACUUAACAAUGGAUUACGAUCCAUUGAAGGAAAUAAAAGCUUUUGAUGAUACAAAAGCUGGUGUCAAGGGACUAGUUGAUGCUGGAAUAGUAGAAAUACCAAAAAUUUUCAUUAGGCCACCUCAUGAACUAGCUGAAGAGUUGAAGCAGGCAAAGUCAACUCUACAGGUUCCAGUGAUUGAUCUCAGUGGCAUAGAGAUUCAAGAUCGACGUAAGAAGAUUGUCGAUGAAAUAAGGGAAGCAUCGGAGAAGUGGGGAUUUUUCCAACUGAUAAAUCAUGGGGUUCCUCCAAGUGUUUUGGAAGGAAUGAUUGAUGGGAUUCGUGAUUUUCACGAACAAGAUGCUGAAGUGAAGAAAGAGUACUAUUCGUGCGAUAUAGGGAGAAACGUUAGAUACCAUAGCAAUCCUCAUAUAAAUCAAACAAAGACUGCAAAAUGGAGGGACACAUUGAACAUUUCUACACUAGCUUCUGGUCACAUUGAACCUGAAGAAAUACCAGCAAUUUGCAGGAAGACAUCUCUCGAGUACAUAAAUCAUGUGAUGAAACUUGGGGAAAUUAUUCUUGGCUUACUAUCAGAAGCUCUUGGGCUAAAACCUGACCACUUGAAAGCCACAGAAUGUGACAAAGGACAAGUAUUUGUAUGCCAUUACUACCCAGCAUGCCCUCAGCCAGAGCUAACUCUUGGUGUCGCUAAGCAUACAGAUCCUGCUUUCCUCGCCUUUCUGCUGCAAGAUCAAAUUGGCGGCCUUCAAGUCAUGCAUAAUAACCAAUGGGUCAAUGUUGAACCGAUUGAACAUGGAUUGGUUGUUAAUAUUGCUGACUUUCUUCAGAUCCUAUCAAACGACAAGUUUGUAAGUGCAGACCAUAGAGUUGUAGCGAAUAAGAUAGGACCAAGGAUAUCAGUGGCAAGCUUUUUCACCGGUGUUUUUGAACCUCCAAAGAUGUAUGGUCCAAUCAAAGAGCUCAUAUCAGAAGAAAACCCCCCACUAUAUAAAGAAUUUCUUGUGAGCGAUUACAUCAUGAAGUUUUCCUCUAAGCCACCUGAUAAGUCUGGUCUUGAUCUUUUCAGACUGGUAUCGCCUAGCAGCAGUGAACAUCUGUAUAGUCCUUCUGAAAACACUAUAAUCAUAUGUACUGGUCAAUGAAAGUUUGUGAUUUGCUGCACAUUAGUAUACAUAACAAUGUCAGAGUUUUUGAUUUGCUGCACACUAGUGCUUUACCAAUGAGUAAUUAGCUAAGAGCACUUGCGUUCUCCUUUGAACUACUAGAGCACUUCUUGUCAUGAAAUUCGCAGCCACCUGUUUGCAUUU